AUGGCAAGACACAAGAUCCUAACCUUUACUGUGUUGUAUUUCGUCCAGGCUUGGACCAUGAUGGUUCAUCUCCGUCAGCCUGGUUUCAAUUCCCCCAUACCCUUAGACAUGGUCCCUAACUCUGUUGACGACAAGUACCAAAACUGCACUGAAAAAAUGUACAAGAAGGUGCAGGAGGAGUAUCUUCCAAAUGAAAACAGCAAUGUAGGGAUCUUCAAGCAAGCCUGGGUGAAGGCAGAAGGAUGUUCAAAAACUCUGAUGAAACGAUUCAAAAUGGACAAGUCCAAGUACAAUUCUAAAGACAGACUUACACAUGAUCAUAUCAAGGCUAUCUGUGCUUACUCAGGAGGUCAAACUCAAAUAUACCCAGUGUUCAACCAAGCAGUCCGGACCAACAGAGCAGAGUAUACAACCUCCUUCCAGUUCCACUCCCUGCAUUUCCUGCUGACUGACGCCAUUCGCCUCCUGAAACUAAACCAAAAGACCUGUCACACCACGUAUCGAAGAACCAAAGUAGAGUUUGACGGUAAAGUUAACAAAGUUAUCAGAUUUGGCUUCUUUGCCUCCAGCUCUUUCCUAAAGAACUUGACACAUUUUGGAGAGAAGUCCUGCUUUGAGAUAAAGACAUGUUUUGGAGCUUACCUGAAGUCCUUCCCAGAGAUGGGGAAUUAUGAAAAGGAGGUGUUGAUUCCACCCUAUGAAAUGUUCAAAGUUACUGCCCUGCUGAAGAAAGAAAAUGAUAAAAACCUGUGGUGCGAUGUUGUGUACAAACUAACGAGUAUCAAGCCCACCAAGAGUAACCUGAAUUGCAAAAUUUUUAAGAAGCAAAUUAUUAAUUAA